AUGCGUGCAGGCGGCAGUCCUUCGCAGGGCAGUGCUUCGCGUGGCGGCCAAAGAGGCUCGAGGGGAGGUGGUACGUAUCAAGGCCGCGCGCAGUCGACUGUAAACAACAACCGUGGCAAGCGCGAACCAAAUCGUGUCAUUCUGGUACCACCAGAGUUUCGACGCCAGACGAAGGAAAUAGAACGUGCAAGACUUAUUGCCCUCUGGAAGAGCGAAACGGGGUGCGAGGUCAUCCCUCAACCCGAAUAUGGCUCCGGUCGACUUGUCAUUACGAAGUUCGAAAUUUUCGGCACAACUGGCAACCUAGACGAUGCUGCUCAGAAGAUCGAGGAAUGGAUACGUUACUCGGUGUCAAAGACUUCGGAAACCACCGCAUGGGCAAAGAUCCAGGCUCACAUUCCGAAGGAUUGGUCCCAGAACCACCUCAAGCAGGAGCAUGUUGAACGAAAGAAAAAGUUCAUCGAAGACAUGAAAGAGGAAGAGACCGAAACCUACAAGAGAGUGGUAAACUAUUGUGUCUGUAGCCCUCCAUGUCCCUAUACUAAGUACCUCCAGAUCACCGUUGAUUGGCCAAGUGAUUUGUUGGAAGCAAGUUUGUCGAUGAAGGACGCUUUCGGCGCAAACCUGGCAAAGCUUGACGCGAUACGCAUGGACGAGGAAGUGUUCAUCAGAGCCGUGGGGCUGAAUCAGUUAGAGAUAUGCGGAUCUGAUAUCUUGCGCGCUCGAUCAGCUGAACAGCGUCUCAAGGUACUCAUCGAGAAAGUGCGCGCAAUGAUCAACAGCAAGGUUGUGUAUCCAAAGUAUAUCCUUUUGGACAAGAGAGAAGGCUCAAAAGAUGGUGUCAUCUACGAGAAAGCAGAGAACUGGUGGCCCGAAAAAGACGCGCAUCCCGUAGCUCCUCGCCUCAUUCGCUGCGCCAUUACUAGCAGCCAACCUGGUGAAUAUUGGCAAGACAUUCAGCCUCAUCAGUACUACGAUUUACAGACUGAAAUCCAGCGAGCUCUCGACAUCGCUCGGUACGAGAAGGGUUUCUAUGACCUGUCCAUCCGUCUCGGCUGCCUUGCCUUGAAACGCAACGUCUCGAGUGUUGGCACAAAGCAUGCCACGGACGAAUUCAUGGACGAUAUCAUCAACAGGCGUGAUAUGGACUUUGUCGUCAAACACUGGCUUGUAGACGACGAAGGUGGCGAAGAGUUCCUUGCGCACAUAAUGGCUGCGGACUAUCUACUUGAGCCUACGGCGGCUGGUACCGGCUUCGGUUUCGCCAACAAACCGGAAUCCCUGUCCGAGACGAAAUGCACACUUCGCGGGACCUGGGUUUUCAAAGAUCCAAACGCUUCUCAGUCCAUAUCGUCUGAUUAUGUUGUGCAAGUGCACUGGACUAUGGAUGAAGAUGGCAUGUAUGAGAAGGAGUACAUCAAGUUCUAUCGUUUGGGCCCAGGGAGUCCUGCACCGAAGGAGAAUAUUGACAUAAAGCUUUUGGAGCUGGGAGAGAGCAAAGGAUGGCAGUUCAGCUUGACGUCGAUGACUCCUGUCAGCAAAGCAGUCGCCCCAACUGCCCUUCGCCGUUUUGCCGACCAGACCUGCCUCAAGCCGGGUUACGACAUCGCCUCGAAGGAGCUUUUCGCGGAUUUCACCGACGGUUCGAAAAACUCGUUGAAACUCUUGAGGGGUCGUCUGGACAAGAUACGCACUUUCGGCAUCAGAAAGACCGGGUAUAGAGUUGACGUUAUUUCGAUGUGGUAUCCGGGCAAGAAGGUUCCCUGCUGGGGUCUCAAUGUCUAUCACAGCGAUUGGCGCACUCACCUCGCAACAGUUGAGCAACUCCGGCCCGGUGAAUGUGCUUCAUGGGGAAACACCUUGGGCACCUUCCUUCCGGAUGAUGGGCUCUUUCCUGCUCAAUGGACUGCACGGGAAGAACCAUCGAGGUUGGAUGACCAUGGCAAGCCGCUUCCACGCGACGGCAUCCGUCUCCUAAUGAUCAAGCUCAUGGAGCUUUCGCAGGUGAUUUACCAGUCUAGUGGUGCUCUGAUACCAGACUUUCCCGCCAUUCCUCCGGCGCCUCGUGUUUCUAUAUAG